AUGGCAUUAUAUGAGGAUGAUUUCAAGGCUAUUUAUGAAGUGGAGAGUCAACAAAUGGAUGCUCCUGCUAUUGAAAAUCUAGAUGCAGUUCAAUGUAUUCACUGCCUUCAAAGACUUGCCUACAGUAAUAAUGGUGCAACAACACAAUACCAUAGGUACUUGAAAGGUUGUCUAAGUCAUAAACUAGCUGAUAAGAAGCAAAAACAGUUAGCUGUAAAUGAAGGUGGGGUGGAAAGUGAGGUGGCAAUAGCAAACUUUAAGUAUGACCGUGCCAAGGUUAGGGAAAAGGCUUCACAUAUGAUUCUUGUGCAUGAAUACCCUUUUAAUAUGAUGGAGCAGAAGGUUUUUAAUGUUUUUAUGAAAACGGCUACUCCAUAUUACCAGAAAAUUUCACACAAUACUGCAAGGAAUGAUUGCAUUUCUACUUUUGAGUUGGAGAAGAAAAAAUUGAAGAUUAUGCUUGGUAGUGUCAAUAGAGUUAGCUUUAUUGCAGAUUUUUGGAAAUCUGGACAAAAAAUUGGGUAUAUGUGGCUCACCUGUCAUUUUGUUGACUCUAGUUGGAAAUUACAAAAGCGAAUUAUAAAUUUUUGUGAUGUACCACCUCCACAUUUCGGAGAUGUAAUUUUUGAUGCUAUCUUUAAGUCUUUGCUUGAUUGGGGGCUUGAAAACAAGGUGUGUACAAUAACCUUGGACAAUGCUAACAACAAUGAUGCAGUUGUAAGAAUUUUGAAAGAUGCUAUCAAAAGGAAGCUUAUGUUGGGUGGCAAGAUCUUUCAUGUACGUUGUUGUGCAUAUAUCAUUAAUUUGUUGGUACAAGAUGAGUUGAGUGAGAUUGAAACGGUGAUUGAAAAUGUUCGUGAAAGUGUGAAGUAUCUAAUUGCAUCAGAAGCUCGUCUUACAAAAUUUGGUGAGAUUGCAAAGCAAUUGCAAUUACUGUCCAAGAAGUUGAUUUUAGAUUGUCCCACAAGUUGGAAUGCAACAUAUGCAAUGUUAGUUGCUACCUUGGAGUCUAGAGAGGUGUUCCCUAGGUACAAAGAUAGAGACGCGGGGUAUAAUUGGCUACCUAGUAAUGAAGAUUGGGAUAGGACAGAAUAUGUGUGCAAUUUUUUAUUAGUUUUUGAAGAAGUCACAAAUGUCAUAUCAGGAAGUGAAUAUCUAACUGCAAAUAUAUUCCUUGCUGAGGUUUGGAAGAUAAAAGAAGUUUUAAAUGAGAAGUCACUUGAUGAAAAUGAUUACAUUAGUGCUAUAACAUGUAAGAUGAAGUUAAAAUUUGACAAAUAUUGGGGUGAAUGGUUUGAAGUAGCUAGAAACAUUGAUCGUGUUCAUGAUUCCUUAUAUGAAUGUUAUAAUGAAUAUGUUGUGGACUAUACUUCAAGCAAUGCUGGACAAAGUGCAUCUAAAUCCACUGAAAGUAGUAGUAGUAUUGGUGGCAAUAAUUCAAAGUUUAAAAUUAGAGGUAGAAUGGAGUUUGAUUAG